UUUGUUGUGUAAUUGCAAAGGGAAAAUACCAAAAAGGGCCGACCCAAUAACCCUGUUGAAGUGAGAUAUCUGUGUUGUCGGUUUUGGAUCCAGUCCCCGUUAAACAGGAAGCAAACCCGCUGGAUUCAAUUCCCUUUUGAAACAAGGGAGAAAGAAUCUAGGGUUUGAAAGCAAUUCCGAAAAUCAUCAGUAAUUAGCACCCAAAUUUUGAAUAAUUAGCAUCCUAACGGUUCAGAUUGUCGCAGCCAUGACUGAGUAUUGGGUGAGUCAGGGUAAUAAAUGGUGUGAUUUCUGCAAAAUCUUCAUAUCGAAUAACCCAUCAAGUAUUCGAAACCAUGAGCUUGGUCAACGGCACAAAGAAAAUGUUGCUAAGAGGCUUACUACCAUGCGGAAAGAGAGUGCAGCCAAAGAGAAAGAACAGAAGGAAGCGGUCCGUGCACUUGAACAAAUUGAAGCUAAAGCUAAGCGGAGUUAUCAGAAGGAUGUUGCAAACUUUGAGGCAAGUGAUUCUAAUGCUCAAGCAUUAGAUGGUCGAGAAGACUGGGACUAUGACAGUAGUUCAGGCUAUUACUACAAUCAAAGCAAUGGUUUAUACCAUGAUCCAAAGUCAGGCUUUUACUAUUCUGAUGCUAUAGGCAGGUGGGUGACACGAGAAGAGGCAUACUCCACAACUCAAGUUUCAGCAAAUCUUAAAUCAAAAGAUCCUAGUUUGAAAAAGUCAUUUCCAACUUCAGGGGUGCGACCAGUUGCAGAAAGCAGAAGUGCUGCUCAAAGUCAAAAUGAGGCUGCACCUGGGGCUGUCGUUUCAGCUUCUUUAAAUCCCAUGAGAUCUGCUAAAGGUGCUCCAUCAUCGCUUGCUGUUAAGAGAAAAAGGCAAGAUGAGAAGCCCAAGGCUAUAUCUAAAGAAGAGGAAGCUGCACUAAAAGCAAGGGAAGCUGCAAGGAAGAGAGUUGAGGAGAGAGAAAAACCAUUGCUUGGUCUGUACAAUGGAUCUCGCUGAUUGGGACUUGCUCAAGCAAGCAUCCUGCGUCUUCUUGAUACAAUGGCCACUAGGAACAUGUAUUAGCAGGUCACAGAUAUCUUGCAUAACAUGCAUUAUGUGUAAAAAAUGAAGUAAUGAACCGAUAUGGCAGUUCUGAUCACAUUCCUUUUAUUGUGGAAUAUUGAUUUUAAUAGGACUUUGUGGUGUGUGCUAAUAGCCCGUGAAUUCAACAAAUGUUUGUGAUCCUCCAGUCAUUUGCAAUGUGUAACUUAAAACACUCCUGCGCAUGUAACAUCUGUGCCUUCUUUGUAAUUUUGCUUUUAUUUUGGAAUUUCAGCUGCAUUUCAACUUUUAUGGAAUUUGUUUACAACAUUUUAACCAAGAAAAUUUGAACCAAAGUUGUGUAUUUGUUUAUAUAUUUUUUCCAUGUAUCUUUGUUAAUGAGAGUCUAGAAGCUCACCUCAACCCUUAAGACCCGAGUUUAGUAUAUUCCUUAUGGAAAAGCUGUGGAUAAUAUAGUCUUAUAGUACUAGAGCAUGGGUGAAACCAUUGUGAGUGAGCCGGGGCACCUAGAUUGCAUCUCAUGCAGGGCCAUUAAAACCAGAAUGGAGCCUAGCGAGAUGGUUGUGAUUCAACAGGAAUGCGUAUGUAUAGCUGAUGAAUGCCCGCCUGCCUAGCCUUGGUUGAUAAUUUCUGCCUCUUCAGCAAAUGUCUACACCCAAAACCAUUGGGCAGUAGAGAAACGUGUUUUAUUGGAUGCAGCUGGGGCUGUGAAGCAGUACUUUGCUGGGCUAUAUGUUCCCGGAAGGACAGAAAAACAAUUAUUUCAGACGUAACAUGACGUUGGCUUCUCAAUAAAAGGAGUUAAUUACAAAAAUGCCGGAUUAUUAAUUUUAUUAAGACAAGGGAUUUCGAUGUUUUUUUUAAGUAAGAGAUUACUUAUUAAUUAAUAAGUUAAAUGUUCUGGAUGUGUACCGGAUUACUAAAUUGAGCUAGCUGCUUUUCUUUUC